AUGCUGCAACCGACGGAGGUUGUUACCCAAGUAGAGGCCAACCCAACAACUGGUGAUCGGAUCCCGUCCUUUUUGAAGAGUGUGGCGCCAGAGGGCCAUGUCCAAUGGGCACAAACGCACCUCAUCCAGUUGUUCGGCACUUUCCCCGAUAGCUCGGCCGCCACAGGAGAUGGCAAACACGGUACAUCGGCCAAACCUAUGGCACCGACCCGUCAACGUUCGCACCCACCACUUCGGCGUCUCUCCUGCCCAAACCAAAACCGUGAUCGUCCUCUUCCGGCCGAACUACAGAAUGUAUUUCGUACCACCUCCGAACAAAACCUUCGGAUCAUACACGAACAUCUCGCCACCUACAAUUCCCUCCCCAUAGCUGGAAAGAGCAAAAUGGCGGUUGAUUUGGCCCUCGAGAUCAUGGAGCGGCUGCAUGCCGAGAAUCUCAGCCCGAACUACGAUCAGCUGUUCCCGGAGGUAAUGCACCAGGAGCUCGGCCAGGUGCGCGAGGCUCUGGAGUUUAAAGAUCGCAUCUACCUCUCCAUCGACAUCUUCAAGCAGUUCAUCGGGCAACUUGAAGUCCUUGCCAGCCAUAUC